AUGGCUGCCCACUCUGCUGACCUCAAGUGCCCUACUCCUGGCUGUGACGGCUCUGGUCACAUAACAGGAAAUUAUGCAUCACACAGAAGUCUGUCAGGCUGCCCUCGUGCCAAGAAAAGUGGGAUCAAGAUAACCCCGACCAAGGAUGAUAAAGAAGACCCGGAGCUGAUGAAGUGUCCGGUUCCUGGCUGCGUUGGUCUUGGGCACAUCAGUGGUAAAUACGCCUCCCACCGCAGUGCAUCGGGCUGUCCCCUGGCUGCUCGAAGGCAGAAGGAAGGAUCCCUCAAUGGCUCCACGUUUUCCUGGAAAUCGCUGAAAAACGAAGGCCCAACCUGCCCUACCCCAGGCUGUGAUGGAUCCGGCCAUGCCAAUGGGAGCUUCCUCACUCAUAGGAGUUUGUCAGGGUGCCCAAGAGCUACUUUUGCUGGGAAGAAAGGAAAACUCUCAGGGGAUGAAAUUCUCAACACAAAGUUCAAGACCAGUGAUGUUCUAGAGAACGAUGAGGAGAUCAAGCAGCUGAACAAGGAGAUCAGCGAGCUGAACGAGUCCAACUCGGAGAUGGAAGCAGCCAUGGUGAAGCUCCAGUCGCAGAUCUCCAGCAUGGAGAAGAACCUGAAGAACAUUGAGGAGGAAAACAAGAUCAUAGAGGAGCAAAACGAAGCCCUGUUCCUGGAGCUCUCAGGGUUGAGCCAGGCUCUAAUCCAAAGUCUUGCCAAUAUCCGCCUUCCGCACAUGGAGCCCAUUAGUGAGCAGAACUUCGAUGCGUACGUGAACACGCUGACUGACAUGUACACCAACCAGGAGUGCUACCAGAACCCAGAGAACAAGGACCUGCUGGAGAGCAUCAAGCAAGCCGUCAAGGGCAUCCAAGUUUAGCGCCCUGCAAUGGGGAUGGGUGGGCGAGCUGACUGUAAGAUGGAACUUUCCCUCCAAGUAUUCAGGUUUACAAGUUAUAAAACUUGUUUAAUGAAUGAAAAACAAAAAGCAAAGCAAAACAAAAACAAACAAACAAACACACAAGGACCAAAAUGUAACCAAGAGGCCAUUUCUGAGACAUGGAACUGAUCGAACUCAGUGUUCUCGUUUACUUAACUUUGGACCUUCUUGAGAAAAGUGGGAUUUUUCUACCUGGACCAUGAGGUAGACCAGGAUGGAAGGUCAAAUUCUCCAUGGGCUGUGGGGCUUGGCAGCUGGUGAAGAGCAGGCGUCUCUUCUGAGUUGCCAUGCUUUUGCAGACUUGAUCCAAGGGUUAAAAUCUUACAAGAACAGGGUUUUGUCUGAUCCAAGACUAGCGUAUGACUGGCUUAAACCCUCAUGUUGUCUAUGGUCGUAUGUCCAGAUUACCUACUCACCCAUGAGUUAUGUUAUAUGUUGCUAUAAGUGCUGGAGCUGCAAGCUACCUGUAAAUCUGAACCUGUGCUGGGCCUCCCAACCCCAGGUUUUCAGAUAUCCACUGGGCAUGGGAACUCUUUAAGUAUUAUAAAGUAGCUUAUUUUUAUUUUCUGAAAGAAAUCUGAAGAGCAGUUCUGGAUCUCCAGUGGAAAGCGCAAUGGAAAAAAGGUUCUCAGGGAAGCUUUUGGAGUUUGCAACUACAGUAUUCCUUUGUCUGUCUUAAAUAUGAGAAUAGCUAUUAUGAAUAGGCCAAUACCAGAUAUUUCAUACAGAAGAAUUCUUAAUGUGUCAUGGUCCGGUGUUUAUGAUUUUUUGGAAGUCUGUUUGAUGACAGUUCUGGUUCUUUUCAUUAUUGUGAUCAUCCUUACAGUGGCGCAGUACUGCCAGUCCAGAGAUCAUACAUCAAUGCCAGAGAACGUUUGAGAUUACGAUGAACUAAAAAAAAAAAAAGAAGAA